UAGGAAAAUUUUUUGCCAAAGUAAUUACAAAAAUUUAAGAAAUAUUAUUAUAUUACAUUAGGGUUUUGUUGGGGAUGGAAAAGAAACAGAACACAAAUUUGAGGUUUGAACAGCCAACAGUUAUCAUUACAGCGAGAGCAGAGCUCCAUCACCUAUAAGAACAUUUGAGUGAGACAUGGACACUUCGGAUACCUCUGACACGAAAAUCGUUGCAUCACCGCCGCCUUUGCAGGAACCAGAACCCAAAAAGCUCAAAAUGUCUACGACCGCCACAUCGGACGACGAAGAAGAAGCCGCUGCCACCACUGGGACCAAAAAACUGAGAUACAAACGCCGCAAAAUUGCCAUGUUCUUUGCCUACUGCGGCGUCGGAUAUCAAGGCAUGCAAAAAAACCCAGGAGCCAAAACCAUUGAAGGCGACCUCGAAGAAGCACUAUUCCACUCUGGCGCCGUUCCCGAGCAAGACCGCGGCAAUUCAAAACGCUAUGACUGGGCUCGCUCGGCCCGAACCGAUAAGGGCGUAAGCGCUGUCGGCCAGGUCGUUUCUGGACGGUUCUACAUCGACCCACCUGGCCUCGUGGAGCGCCUUAAUCAGAUACUUCCGGCCCAGAUUCGGAUAUUCGGUUAUAAGCGUGUGACGGCAUCGUUUAAUGCAAAGAAGUUUUGUGAUCGACGGCGGUACGUUUAUCUUAUUCCUGUUUUUGCUCUUGAUCCAAGUUGUCAUAGGGAUAGGGAAAGUGUUUUGGCUAGUUUAGGGUCCGAUAAUGAGCUUGUUAAGUGCUUGGAGUGUUCUGAAAGAGGCCGUAAAGUCGUAGGUGUUAUGGGCAAACGUAUUAGUUUCGAACCCAUUUCGACGAUUGUUCAGUCUGACAUUUAUUCGAACAAUGGAGAUACAGGAAAUGCAAUUAAGGAAGAUAUCCAGAAAUCUGAACUUAAGCUGGCUACUGAUGGUUCUGUCCAAAAUGAGUUUACUGAUAUGGAGAAUACUGCAAUUAAGGAAGAUAACCUGACAUCUGAACUUAAGGAGGCUACUGAUGGUGCUGUCCAAAAUGAGGUUACUGAAAUGCAGGAUACUGGGGUUGAGCAAGAUAAAGUUAAUUUAGAUAAGAAACCCAUGGAGGAAAGAAGGUUUUGUUAUGGUGAGGAAGAGAAGGAGAGGUUCAAUAGAAUAUUGAAGCAUUAUGUUGGGUCUCACAACUUCCAUAAUUUUACUACAAGAAUAAAAGCUGAAGAUCCUGCUGCACGCCGCUAUAUCGUUUCAUUUCACGCAAACACAGUUGUCACUGUUGAGGGCAUUGAUUUUGUCAAGUGUGAGGUUGUAGGUCAGAGCUUCAUGCUUCAUCAGAUUCGUAAGAUGAUUGGAAUGGCUGUUGCGGUUAUGAGGGAUUUUGCUCCUGAGUCACUGAUUGAAACUGCAUUGCGAAAGGAUGUAAACAUUAAUGUACCUACAGCACCUGAGGUUGGUUUGUACUUGGAUGAGUGCCUCUUUGCAUCAUACAACGAAAAAUGGAAAGAUAGUCACGAAGAGUUGUCUAUGAAAGCAUAUGAAGAAGAGGCGGAGAAAUUCAAAAUGAAGUUUAUAUACUCUCAUAUUGCCUCAACAGAACGUGAGGAAGGAGUUGUGGCCUUAUGGUUGCAUUCUCUAAACCACAGAAACUAUCCUGAUUUACAGGUCUGCAGCAGAGACACAAUAGAAGGGAAGAGUCCUAAGGUGGAUGAUAAUGCAGACACCAUUGAAGAGAAGAGUAAUGCGGUGGAGAAAAAUGGAGACACUGCCGAGACACAAAGUGCCAAAGAGUAGAAUAUGACUGAAUGAGUAGUCUCAUUGUCAAACUAUCUACUUUGCAUAGUAAAUUAAUAUUUAGCAAGUUAUAGUGUGGAUGAUCUUUCUAUUUCAUUUGGAACUCUUUGCCUUCUUUUUUUCUACUAACUUUUAGCAAGAUGGGGUUGAAGUUUGGAACUCUUCUGGUGCUACUUAAAGGAUGCUCAUGUUUGGAAGGAAAUUUCAUAGAUUCAUUUUGUUUCAUUACCACAUUCAUCAACAUGCCUUGAUCACUUGAAUGACUAUUCUGGACAGGUUGCCAACCAAGAGCAAACUUAGUUCCUGGGGACAAGCAUUUGGAUUUUGUUGACUGCCUGUUAUGUAAUCAAGCUGUGGAAGCAAAUGACCGUAUUUUCUUCACUUGUGGUUAUUCAAAGCAGCUGCUUGACAAAAUUCUUCAUGCUUGUGGCAUUUAUAGGAGAACUGAUCACUGGCAUUCUGAAUUGUGGUGAGCUAAGGAUAAACUCGAAGGAAAAACACUUAUUUCUGUCAUCCUUCACCUUGUUAUAUUUACCACUUACGGACGGAGAGAAAUAGCAGGCUUUAUGGAUAGAAGGCAAACUCAAUUUCGUUUUUUUGUUCUGGCAUUAACACGGUAAGAUCUCAGCUUCAUGAGCUCAUAAAUAUUGCUGGUGAUUCUACUAUGCCCAGGUUUCAAGUGACUAUGAUGGCAUAGUUUGUUGCUUCUGUUUGCAGUCUGGUUUUUCUUUCUAGCAGCUUUACUGCAUUUUUUCUUUUUGGCCUGAGCUUUGUAGCUUUUUUGGAUAAUAAAUUUUUUUUUUGGAUAAGUUGUAAUUUUAUUAUCCAAAAAGCAGUAGAACACUGGUACCAGAUGACUGUAGAUACAGUGCUAGACCCUGCACUCAAGGAUUACAUUACAAUUAUAUCCCUGCUGAGUUCCAAUCUCUCAAUUAACUC